AUGGUGUUGGAAGCUUCCAUGAUAGUCGUUGACAACAGCGAGGCUAGUCGCAACGGUGACUAUGUACCCUCUCGAUGGGAGGCACAACAAGAUGCUGUCAACCUGAUCUUCUCCGCAAAGACUGGCGCCAACCCCGAGUCUUCAGUUGGCCUGAUGAGCAUGGGCGGCAACACGCCAGAAAUCCUCGUCACCCUGACCACCGACAUUGGCAAGAUCCUCGAUGGACUGCACAGGACGAAGAUAAAAGGCAGCUCACACUUUGUAACGGGCAUCAAUGUCGCAGCUCUUGCACUCAAACACAGGCAGAACAAGUCGCAGAAGCAACGGAUAAUCAUAUUCAACUGUAGUCCUAUCGAAGAGGAUGAGAAGAACCUCAUUAAGCUGGCGAAAAAGAUGAAGAAGACUGGCAUUAGCAUUGACAUUAUUGCAUUCGGGGAGCUCAGUGACGACACCACACGAAAGCUCCAGGCCUUUAGCGAUAAUGUACAGAGCGCCGAGGGCUCCUACCUCGCGACCAUUCCUCCCAGCGCGAACCUGCUCAGCGACUCCCUCAUCACGACUCCCAUACUUGGCGGUGAUGGUACUUCCAAUGCUGGCGCCGGCGGCGGCUCAGGCGAGGCUGGUGCUUCAGGUGGCGGCGGAGGCAACGACUUUGAGUUUGGCGUAGAUCCAUCGGUGGACCCGGAGCUGGCGUUGGCACUACGUAUGAGUUUCGAGGAGGAAAAGGCACGGCAGGAAAAGGAGAAGAAGACAAAGGAGGCAGCCGAGGGUAAGUCGGAACUCGAACCUGUUGCCGAAGGUGACGAGAAGCAACCUCUUUUGGAUGAUCAGGGUCAGCCGAGCGGCAGCGGAAGCAAAGACAAGAAAAAGGAUGACGACGACAAGAUGGACACGGCAUGA